AUGCCCAUUCCUAAGACCACUUCGAAAAUUUACGGUGUCGAUCCAAUAGACUUUCUACGUAUAGCGAUGGCGUUGAAGUUUGAUCCGAUAGAUUGGCAAAACGUUCUUUUGAUUGGUCUGGGAGGCGGAACGCAGAACAACUUUCUCAGUGCGGUGGAUUUCAUAAAGGUAAACCUUACGACAGUAGAACUGAGCCCAUUGAUGGUGACUAUCGCAACGGAUUGGUUUGGAUUGCUGGAAACGCGAACCAAUAACGUGUUUGUGGAGGAUGGAGUGAACUUUCUCCUUGGAGCUGUUCAACGCGAUGAAAAAUACAGAUCAAUCAUUCUUGACGCUUGUACCGAUAUCAAUCAGUCGAUAAUAUGCCCGGCCAAGGAUUUCAUGAAACCUAGCGUAAUUCAGAACAUUGCAAGGGUGCUGGACGAUGACGAUACAACGAAACACAAAGGAGCGAUGCGAGCUUCAAAGCAGUGUCAAAUUGGUGUACCAGACAAAAAAUGA